AUGGACGCUUCACCGAUCUUUGAUGCUGGCGGCAUUGAGCUACCCCUCCGUGGCAUCAAGCGGAAGGCUAUGUCUACAAUCAGCGAAAGUGCAAAAAGGGCCCGAGGAAACAACACGCCCACCGACUACGGCUCCGACGCUUCCGAUUAUAACUCGGACUCUUCUUGUGAUGUGGACGAAGACAACUUCCUCAUCAGCAGUGUUGCAACACCAUUGACCCCCAUUUCUCCCAAAGCAUCCCCUCGGCAUCCCUCCGAUCUUCUCAAAAUUCACCGCUGCACAUACGAGGGUUGCGACAAGUCUUUCAAUCGUCCUGCGAAGUUAGCUCAGCACGUUAGAUCUCACACCAACACUCGACCGUUCGUAUGUCCUCAUGCAUUGUGCACCAAGGAUUUUCUCCGAGAAUCUCAUCUGAAGCACCACGUCAAAUCAGCGCAUUCGAAUGUCCGUGAAUACAUAUGUGAAUGGGAAGGCUGUGGCAAAAGUUUUGUUACGGCAACGCGAUUGAAGAGGCACGAUGCAGCUCAUGAGGGCAGGGAGAAGUUCAGAUGUACAGUGGGUGGUUGCGGUCAAACCUUCCGGAAGCACGGGACGCUGCAAAAACAUAUUCUGACCGUCCACGAAGGGAAGAAGCCUUUCAUCUGCGAAGUAUUGGACUUUGAUGGAAUCGAAUGUGGAGUGGGCUUUGACACUGAAGGGCAAAUGAAGUCUCAUACUGGAAGAGUCCAUGAAAGCAAUAGCUUCUUGUGUACUAUAUGCUCGCCGGAAUGUCGAAGUACCACCGGCGACCCAAUCCCAGACAAACGAGAGGCAUCAUUUUCAACACACGCAGCGUUACGAGAGCAUGUAGAAAGCGAGCAUCCUCCGGCAUGCGCGGAGUGUGGACAAGUGUGCAAAUCGUUGCGGGAUCUCAAGAGUCACCUUGAAGUACUUCAUGGAGGCUUUGAUGUCAACGAUUUGAUGACUCAUUUCUGCCCUGAACAAGGAUGUGGGCGAGGCUUCACGAAGAAGGGCAAUCUCAGUAUGCAUAUUCAGAUCAGUCAUAAUCAGAAUCGAUUCGUUUGUGGUGGAAGUGAUCCGUCAACGUUGAGUCAAGUCGCAAAUCGGGACGGAUCGAAUUCUUGUGGCAAACCUUUGAAGACAAAGGCCAGUUUAGAAGAACACAUACGCACUGCUCAUCAAGGUCUCGCACCGUCUCGCAAAACCAAGAGACAGACCAAGCAUGGAGUUUCCGAUGAGCCCGCUCCGAAGCAUCAAGUGUCUGUCCUCACACGACUUACAGGCGCUGGCUAUAAAGAAGAAAGUGGAAGAUAUAUUCCCUGCCUGGUGCUAGGCUGUAGUCACCGCUUCUUGAGAGAGUAUGAUCUGGAAAUCCACUUGCAGUCUCGUCAUGGUUUAGCAGACCUCGGGGUCCGGAAGCUGCUGAUGGAUCAGGAAGGACUCUGCAGUCGGCAGACUCUGCAGGGAACUUCAACAUAUGCAACGAAGCAGGAUGUUGAUGCUGAGAGGGUUCUUGAUAUGCAAUUUGACGAUGACGUCGGCGUGGUCGAUCAUGAGGAAACUCCGAGGGUAGGAGCUUCGAAGGGUGGUGAUUUCUGGCUUGGGGGGCGUGCACAUCACGACGUAGGAGAAAGUGGCGAAUGGUUACGUGAUGAGCUAGAGAUGCGGUGUUUGAUUGAUGAAGGCCUCACAAUGGAAAGGUACGAAACGGUCGAUGGUCAAGAGGUAGAUGUUAUUGAUCCGACACUUCGAUGA